AUGGUUAAAGCAGUUGCUGUACUUAGAGGAGACUCAAACGUUAGCGGAGUCGUUAGAUUCGAACAAACCGCAGAAUCUGAACCAACCAAAAUCACUUACGAAAUUGCUGGUAAUGACCCCAAUGCACAGAGAGGAUUCCAUGUCCAUGCAUUUGGUGACAAUACCAAUGGAUGUACUUCUGCCGGUCCUCAUUUCAACCCAUUCAGCAAGACUCAUGGGGCUCCAGAGGAUCAAGAAAGACAUGUUGGUGACUUGGGUAACAUUUCUACUGAUUCUCAAGGUGUUGCUAAGGGAACAAAACAGGAUACAUUACUUAAACUAGUUGGUGCUAAUAGUAUCCUUGGUAGAACUGUUGUUGUUCAUGCGGGUACUGAUGAUUAUGGUAAAGGUGGUUUUGAAGAUUCAAAGACUACUGGACAUGCGGGUGCUAGACCAGCCUGUGGUGUUAUUGGAAUAUCAGAGUAA